GCGCGUGCAGAAUGUAGGCGAUGCAGUAAGCUGGUCGGGUGCAUCCAUGGCGCGCUUAGCGGUUCGGCGGCUUCCCAGCCGCGCAAAAGGUCAGUGGCAUCGGCGGCGCGGUAUGCUGGUCGGGGACAUCCGCGCCGCGGUCAUCGGUUUGGCGGUGGGGUCCCCGGCGCUGACGGCGUCCGCGAGGUCUGCGGCGCGAUGGUGGCGUCCCAGGAACGGUCACUACGUCGGGGGUGUACGCGCCGCGGUCUGCAUAGUGGGCGUCUCUGGCAUGUUGGGGAUGUUCGCGGCGCGGUCGGCCUCUGCCACGCGAAGGCGACAUCCGAGGCGCUGCGGCGGCGUCGCAGGCGCGGGUGGAAUCAGCGGUGCAGUCGGCACGUCGGGAGUGUAGGUGGCGCGGUAGGCUCGUCGGAGGCGGCCGCGAGUGGUCAGCGGGUCGGCGGAGUCCCAGGCGCCACAGCGUCAGUGGCGUCGGCGGCGCGGUCCCGGUCAGCAGCGUCCAGAGGGUCUGCGGCGACCGCGCGUCGGGGGCGCCCAGAGAGUCUGUGGGGAGACAGCGGCGUCCGAGGCUCGGUCGGUGCGUCGGCAGUGACUGGGCAUCAGCGUCGCGGUAGGCGCGGGCGGCUCAGUGGCGCGGGCCGGUGCGUCGGCGGCGCGCUAAGUGAAGCUUUACCGUGACGUCCAGGCAGCGUUUCCGAGGUGAGUGUCGCCGCGGGGCUGCGGUCGGGAUCUGCACUGAAAGUUGAAGGUCUACUAGGAAGUCGAGGUUUAGGGGGAAGUCCACUCAGCCUUUCCGAGGUAAGGGCGCCGCGCCAAGCCGGGAGAGCGGUGAGUCCGGGAACAGAGGCGCACAGCUGGGUCGAUGUGCGUGCCGGCGGCCUCCACAACUUUUGCUGUGCCAGCGGGGCGGGCGCGCCUGGCCCCCCGAGCGCUUAAGUUGCCUGCAUUGGAUUCCUAGCCUGCCACUGCCGGCCGCAGCCCAGCUCUCGUGUGCUCUGGGGAAGAAACUCGUGGGCGAGUCUUCCUGUGGCAUCCCAGGAGGUGGAGGGAUGGAGCAGCUUCGGUGGCACAUCCUCCUCGAUCUGGUGGAGGACAUUGACCCUUUGCCCCACCUUGGAGGCCAGAAAUUGGUUCCCUCUGGGGACCUGAGGGGCGGGAGAUCUCAAGCCCCAAAUUUGCAAAGUUGGGGUCUUUAUUGGCCUCCGGGAUUCCGCACCUGGCGCGGUCUCCAGCUUGGUGGGGGGCAAGCCAGGUGUGCCAGAUCCAGGAAGCACUAGGGGAGCGUUUGUAGCCGUCGCUGAAUCGCCUCAGGACUAGCGGGGCAAGCCUCAGAUGACCCGCAGCAUUUCCAGUAGGUUAGAUUGUGGUGCUGCUGUUUGCGCUCCAAAGAGUUGCUGUGGUUUCCCUGUGUCUGUCUGCCUUGGGAGCUUCUCAGAUCAUCUGGGUUGGCAUCCUCUCACAGAAGAGUUAAGCAAGACUUUUGGAAUGCUUUCCUCCAUUUCCUUCUGUGUUUUGCUGGUAAAGCUGCUUUCAAAAGGAAGUCUUUUCUUGCAGUGCUAUCUUUUCUUUGACUCCCAGUGCUUGACGAAGUUAAAGAAAAGUAAUCUGCUGGUAGUUUUCAUCUUUGUUCUGAGCUGAUACGCGUUAGUAGCUUUCUUUUGUUUUUAAAUUUUAUUGGUAAAAUUUCAGCUGUGAACCAGAAGCUCGUUUUUUCUCUUCUAAAACGGUAGCUUUAAGAUUUCUGAGACCUUUGUGUCAAAGAAGUCUUGGGAAAGUUACUCAAGUCUACAGAGGAAGCUCACAAUUUUAAAUGUACAGGUGGUCCCGGGACCGUGGAUCACACCUGUAAUCCCAGCACUUCCGGAGACCAAGGUGAGCAGAUCAGUUGAGCCCAGGAGUUCCAGACCAGCCUGGGCAACCUAGCAAACCCCGUCUCUACUGAAAAGACAAAAAUCAGCUGUGUGUGUGGUGUGUGCCUGUAGUCCUAGCUACCCGGCAGGCUGAGAUGGGAGGAUCACCAGAGCCUGGGAGGUUGAGAUUACAGUGAGCCAUGAUUAUGCCAGUGCACUCAGGCCUGGAUGGCAGAGUGAGAGCCCGUCUCAAGAAAAGAAAAGAAAUACAGGUAAUGAAUUUACACUAAGUAAAUUUCACUACGUAUCAAGAAAUAGAACAUUUCCAGAUUGGUGUAUAAAUGUAGGAGUGGCAUUGUUGGUUUUAGAGGUAUGUGAAUGACAAAACUUUAGUAUCAGUUAUUGUUGAUCAUUUUCACAAAGUGGUUGUACCGCUUAGCUGGGAAUAUUCUGGUUACCCCACAUCUUUGCUUAUUCUUGUCCAUUCAAAAUUAUUUUGCCAUUCUAGUAGAGGUGCAGUAAUAUAUCAGUGUAGUUUCAUUUUGCAUUUUCCUGGCAUUGAGAUUGUGUAUUUUUAUUGCCAUUUAUAUGUCCUCUUUUGUGAAGUGCCUGUUCAAUCUUCGUAUCCUGUUUUCAUUGAUAUGCUUGUUUUUCUGUUGAUUCCUAAUACUUUAUUCUGGAUGUGUCUCCUUUUUAGGAUAUAUAUGUAUUAUAUGUAUUACAUUUCUCGGUUUUUCAAACUGUAGCAUGCCUUUUCACUCUUUUAAUGGUGUUUUUAUGUGAAUGGAGAUUCUCCAGUUUUCUUUUGUUUUUGAGGCAGGAUCUCAUUCUGUUGUUCAGGCUGCAGUGCAGUGGCACAAUCACAGCUCAGUGUAACCUCCACCUCCCAAGCUAGGCUCAAGAGAUUCUCCUGCCUGAGCCCCCAGGUAGCUGGGACCUACAGGGAGCACCAUUAUGCUCAGCUCUUUUUUGUAUUUUUAGUAGACAUUGGGUUUUAACACGUUGCAUAGGCUGGUCUGGAAUUCCUGGGAUCAAGUGAUAAUACCUGCCUUGGCCUCCCAAAGCGUAGGGAUUACAGUCAUGAGCCAGUGUACCCAGCCUGAGUUUCUUAAUUUUAAUGAAAUUAUACUUGACCAAUCUUUUCGUUUACAGUGACUGCGUUUUGUGUCCUGUUAAUCAAUGCCUAACCUAAGAAUUUGAAAACUUAAUCUCAUAGCAAUUUUAGUUUAGUUUAUGCUUCCCCACCCCCCCACCCCUGUGCCCCAGAUAGGCUGUCACUCUAUUGCCCUGGCUGGAGGGCAGUGGCAUAAUCUCAGCUCACUGCAACCUCCACUUCCUGGCUCAGGCAAUCUUCCCCACUCAGCCUCCUGAGUACCUGAGACCAUAGGCAUGUGCCACCAUGCCUGGCUAAGUUUGGUUUUUUUGUAGAGAUGGGGAUUCACCAUUUUCCCAGGUUGGUCUCAAACUCUUGGGCUCAAGUAGUCUGCCCGCUUCAGCCUCCCAGAGGGCUAGGAUUCGAGCCAACCCACCCACCCAUGAUUCACUUUUUACUACAUGGAUGUGACUGACAGCUUGAUCCAGAACCAUGUAUGGAGAAGACCAUCUUUGUCCUUCUGCACUGUGUAGCGCUUUUGUUCAUCAAUUGGAUGGCUGUAUGGUCAUCUGAUUGAGGAAAUCAGUGUGGGUCUGUUCCUGGACCAACCUGGGCAGCAUAGCAAGAUCCAGUCUCUACAAAAAAUAAUAAAGAAUAAAGAAAUACAUGACAUUUUUUAAGUGGGUAGAGCAGAUGGAGUCAUAGGUGGUAAUUUAUAAACUAUUGUCAAUUUCUUGGCUACAUAGAGGUGUUGGUAAGUGAGAUCUGUUGGGAGUUCAGGCAAAAUGUAUUAAGUGAAUUCUUUGGUGUUCAGAAUGAUUGCUAGAUGUUCCUUGUGACUUCAAUUAGAUGUUAUUUGCGUAUCACAGAGCUACAGGUUUUAUUCUCUUUUUAUUUAUUUGUCUUUAAACAUUUUUACAAUCUUCCUGUCAAGGCAGUACCUCUUUUAUACUUAAUUGUUCUUAGGUAUGCUUAAUCACCAGGAAAAUUUUAUGGAUCAUACCUAACUGUUAAGCCACUUAAAGGGCUGAUGUGAUAUAAUGUAGACGAUAGGAUUCUACAUAAUAGUUUCACGAGUAUAUCGAUUAAAUUGUUUCUUCUUCUCCUUUUUUUUUCUCCUUGAGACAGGGUCUGGCUCUGUUGCCGAGGCUGGAGUACAGUGGUGUAGUGGUAUGAUCGUGGCUCACUGCAGCUUUGACCUCUCAGGCUCAAGCAGCCUCCCACCUCAGCCUUCUUAAGUAGCAGGGACUACAGGCAUGCACCACCAUGCCUGGCUAAUUUUGUAUCUUUUGUAUGCAGGGUCUUCCUAUGGUGCCCAGACUGGUUUGAAACUCCUGGGUUGAAAUGAUCCUCCCACCUUGUCAUCCCAAAGUUGUUGGUAUUACAGGUGUGAGCUAUCACACCUGGCCAUUUUAGUUUUAAUAAUUUUAUAUUUUUGUAACUUAGAAUAUUUACUAAGUCUAUUUAAUUUAUGAAUAUGAUAUUCAUUAUGGUUGUUUUGUAUGCAUUUAAUCUCAUUUUAAUAUAAGGUCUUGGAAAUCAGAGAUGUUGUUUCUUAUUUGGUACCGUGUUCUCAGUACUUGACCUUGCCUGGUAUGAUACAGUUAUUGAAACAGUUGUUAAAUGAAUGAACGAACCACAUUCAUAAAUUCUCCAAGUAUCACAGCGUUCACCAUCUAACGAAUAAAAGAGCUUGUCUAGAGUAGAGUCACAGUUAACCUGCCAUACAAGGAAAUGUCAAUGAAAAUCGACCUUUGUAUGUGUAGCUGCUAAGAUUUGGGGGCUUUUGUUACUGCAGCAUAAACUAGCGAAGCUCAGUGAGAUGGCAGAUAGAAUACACACACACACACACAUAUAUAAAUAGACCGGAUGGACCAGUAGAUGAGAUUCCAAAGAUAAUUCAUUCAGCAUUAACUAACCACACCUACACUCUUAAUUUCCUAACAGAAUGAAUGCAAUUCCUGUUCACUAAGAUCUGCCUCCAAGAGUACUUUGUGAAAACUUCUCUGGGUAUGCAAGUAUUUAAUCAGGACCUUUUCUUUUUCCUCCUGCAGGUUGGAGUGCAGUGGUGCCAUCAUAGCUCACUGUAACAUCUAACUCAAGGCUCAAGGAAUUCUCCUGCCUCAGUCUCCCAAGUAGCUGAGACUGCACGUGUGCACCACCAUGCUUGGCUAAUUUUUUUUUUCCAGAGACAGGGUCUUACUAUGUUGCCCAGGCUGGUCAAGAGUGUUGAUUGCGUACGACAGAAACCCAGCCAACCCUAGUUCCCGCCACCCUUCAGUCUGCUCCUUUCUUAGUCUUCCGAGUCUCAACAAAUGGCAGUUUCAUCCUUCACGUUGCCCAAGCCCCAAAUCUUAAUGUUAACCUUGAUUUCUCUUUUAUGUCAUAGCUUAUAUGAAGGCCAAUCAUGUUCAGACCCUGGCGGAGGUUCUUGCUGACCCAGGCUCUCACCGGCACAUUGUCCUUUACUGUCCUCCUGAGGGCGUCUGAGCUUCAAUGCUGUGUGCUCUGGGCCUCCAUGCUGGGGCACCACCGACUCUCGGUGUCCAGGGCUUCCAGUGGACUCUCCGAGGCACUGAUGUAGAAUCUUCCCCAUUCAGCGCACCAAGAGCAGCCUCCCACGGUGUGGGGUGACAUGAAGAGCUGUCAGAUCCAACAGAUUUCGUGUUCCUGUUAAUGGAAAAUAUCGGUGGUGUAAGUUCCCCUGGAUCUCCUCAUCUUCAUGUAAGUUUGUCUGUUCCCCCAUCCCUCCCUUGUUUCCUUCUUUUCCUUCCUUCCUGAGUUUUUUGAUCAGGGUCCUGUGAGGCUAAAAUCCAGGAAUGGCCUGGGAAUGCUUUUUCUCUAGAGCUCAGGCCAUUUUUCUGAGUUCACUACAUGUAUUGAAAGAGUUUGUAUUCUUGUUCGUGGAGGACUGAGGGACCUUUUUCUGUGCUGGCUGUCAGCCAGGAGACACUCUGACUUCAAAUGCUACCUGCUUUUCUCCUUACCUGUCUUUUCCAUCUUUCAACCAAUCACAACUCAUGGAGUCCUUCUCAGGCGCCUCCCUUCUCUGCCUCCAGGCUCUGCGUUUUUUUUCUAUCAUUUUUGAACACAUUUUAUUUUUCUUCUUCCCCACCUCUUUUGGUUCUUCCCCUUUCCCCUCAUGGCAGCAUUCUCCACUUAAUCCUUGUUACAUCAUCCCCAGAAGAAUUGGUCAGAUAUUGCCUGUGUCACAGUCCUGAGCAUCUUUAGGAGGGGCUGUCCUUGUGAGCCUGUGCUCCUCUUCACUGUCCUGAGUUCUCACAGUCAUGAUUGCUUUCAGCUGACCUGGCUGGCUCAGGAGAAAAACCUAAGACUUUGGAGUCCCAGAACCCAUCUCUGCUCUCUCUAUCUCCAAGAAAGGAAGAAAACAACAGGGAUCUUCUUGGAGAAAUGGCCCAUGUGAGGGCCUGGACUCUCCAGCAGUUAACAGCAGAGGAAUCUUUCUGAGGAAGAAUGGAGGAGCUGAGAGCCCAGGCCAGGAAAGCAGGGUUGUGUGAAACACUCUUUAAUCCUGUGUGCUCCCUGCCCCAAUCUAGCAGCUAGUGAGUGACAGCUGACCGAGUAUAAAUGCCAGGACUAUAGAACUGUGAUAAAGGGUUUGUCCAAGGAAAGGGGCUUUUACUGUUUUUGUUUUCACAGAGGAAAUUGGUAUUUCUAUUCUAAAGUUUUCUGAAAGUCAGCAGUGAGCUUCUGGAGGGUGAGUUACCUGCUCUGCACAGGGAGGCUGAGGCCAAGGCUUGUGUGUGGGCUCUGCUGUCACCAAGAGGUGAGGGUGCCUGGGAGAGUCUUAGUCUUUCUGGGUUUCAGGUUCCUCAUGGGUAAGGUAGGGGCUUAUUGUACCUCUCUGAGGUCCCUUCCUACUCUGUUUCUCUGAGUCUCCGAGGAAUUGAGAUGGUUUUCAGUGCUCCCUGGGACCGUCGGCCGAGACCUGACUGUGUGUGUCUCCUGCAGGAGCCUGAGCUGAGUCUACAUCCUGAAAUCCCAGAGCUGAGGAAAGAAAGAAAGUCAGCAAGUUUAGGGGAUGAGAAUAAUCCACAAAGGAUAAGCCAUUGAUAGAUGAAAACCAAAGAAGGGGAGAAUAAGGACAAACUGGGACAGAAGCCUCAGGGGAAAUGGGCAAUGCCUAUGAUCACUUAAAUUCUCAGGAAGCAGCAUGAGCUGAGCAGUGGGGACUGAGAGAGAAACUACUCCACAGGAAUCUCCUGCCUCUGGCCAGGGAGAGCCAUAGGGUAGAUCAGAGCUGGUUUAUAGUGAGGGGCAGCUUCAACUCCAGGAGGGGGAGGAUGCGACCGUGCGCCCCCCUCCCUCAGACCCAGGAGCCUUGACCUCGGGGCUGCCGUAGCAGUGGAUGCUCUUCAGGUCACUGUGGGUUCGAGGGAAUAACCGUGCUUAGAGAAGGGUUGGAGGUGUUCAUUCUUACACCGAACAGCUCUGCCCUAGGUCAGGCGCCAGAGUAAGUGUCCCUCGCUUGUAUGUGAAGCAGUGAUACUUUACUAUUCUUCUGCACCUUCAGUUGAGGGAAGUUUCUCAUAAAUAUUUAUUGAGUAUUUAAUUUUCUUUAUACUGUGCUAAGCACUUGGGAUUCAGCUAUUUAAUGUCUCCAAAGAAAAGCCAGUGAGUGGAAGAACACAAAUAUCAUUUCAACAAGAUACAGUAGUUCUAACCAACUGAGGUGUUGUGGCAGCCCGGAGGCUGGGAAGGUAUGUCAGAGGACAUUGCUCCUAAUGACAGGGGGAAGCAUAAGAGAACAUUUUCAGAUUGGCCAGGCCUGGUGGCUAAUACCUAUAAUCCCAGCACUUUGGGAGGCCGAGGCGGGUGGAUCAGAAGGUCAAGAGAUCGAGACUCUCCUGGUUAACAUGGCGAAACCCCAUCUCUACUGAAAAUACAAAAGCAGUAGCUGGGCAUGGUGGUGCGUGCCUGUAGUCCCAGCUACUUGGGAGGCUGAGGCAGGAGAAUUGCUUGAACCCAGGAGGUGGAGGUUGCAAUGAGCUGAGAUCACACCAUUACACUGAAGCCUGGGUAACUAGAGCAAAACUCUGCCUCAAAAAAAAAAAAAAAAUUUCAGAACAGGCUAGCCUUCCUUCAAGCUCCCACAGGAGAGGAUCCUGGGGCAGGGACGGUGUAGGGCAGGCACCUCUCUAGAGAAGGGGAUUUGCAGCAUUCUGAGGGAAGGAGAAUCCUUAGUAGACACUGGUGACAGAAAUGUAGGCGAAAGGGUCGGAGGUUUGUAAUCAAUUUUAUUCAGUCAUGGAUGAACACUGCUGAGAGACCCGUCUGUGCUGGGCCCUUAGCUGAGAACCAUGACCACAGAGGUGAGUAAAAUAGGAUCCCAGCUUUCACACAAUUCUCAGUCUAGUGACUGGUGAUUGAUGAGAAGUGUAGUCAUGGUGGGUUCAUUGGAACCAGUGGCCGAUGCUGCAUGAGAUGACCUCAGUGUAUGGCCUAAGCCAGUGAUUCUGGACUUCAGCCAUAUUUCAGCAUCCUGAGGUACAGUGCACCAAUACCUCUGCUCCAUGUUGAGUCAAAGCAGUUAACACAGCCAAGGUUUUCAGAAGACACUGAUGAUAUCAGUAGCUAUUGACUGUUUCCAGCUGGGCAAACAAAGAAGUAAAUUUAAUAAGUCUUCUAAAUUUGUUCUUGCCAUGAUGAUAAAUAAGUUGAUCUUGAUAAUGAAUGAAAUUCUGGCAAAUUAAUUAUAACUUGCCAUAAUGAGAAAUAACUUUAUGCUGAGUACAGCAGACACACAAGCCCUUGGGGACACAUGCCUGAGGAUUCUGAUGAGGAUAUUAUGUCUAAAUAUGUACACGUUUGGACCUACAGUCCAGCUUUGAAACAAUGGAAGACCUAGUUUCAAAUUCAAGGUUUCUUUGAGUAGAAAUUCACUUUACCUCUCUUUGCAUGGCAAUGGGGCCAAUCUUCCCUAAGGUGCCCCUUACAAGAAAAGAAAUCAUGCUGGUAAGAUUCCAGACUUCAGCAGACAUGGGUAAGUAAGGAAGUCUUACAAAUGUAUUCUAGCCACCUAGUGAGAAAUCAGAAAUUUAGCAAGUUCACUCACAUGUAGGACAGUUGUGUGCACUAGAUCAGAGGCCCUGCUACAUGAAGAAUAGAGCCCUAACAAGGGAAAGUAUUUCUUCCCGUCCUACGACAUCACUGCCAACUUCAGGGAAGUGGGAACACAACCGCCUGCCUUAGGGUAUGGGUUACUUUUGUGCCUGGAAUGUGUCUGAUAUCCUGCUACCUGUACCCAUUUCAGGGAGCCUUGGGAGGAGCCUGAAUCACUGAUGGAAUUGGACUGUGCAUGGAGAUGGUUGAGCAAGAUGAGGGACCUUAGCUAAAGUGCUGUGAGGAGGGAUCGAGUUUUUCUCAACAUCCCUGGCCCUACCUGUGGUGCCCCAAACGUCGGCAUGAUAGCAUCUCGCAGGACAUGUUCCAGGAAGACCACAGAGGCAGACUUUCCAGAUACCAUCGAGAAUUCCUACUCCCAGCAGGAAGAGACCAAACCAAAUAUCGGAGCCAGCAAAAAUAGACUUCUUCUGAGUCAGGUGGCUUACUUCCUGAACUACCAGCUGAAGACCUACAGAGAUCGAAAAGAUCACGAUGAAGAACAGAAAGGCAGAGACAGCAAAAAUAAACUUCUUAUGAGUCAAGUGGCCUACUACCUGGGCUGCCGGCUGAAGACGGAAGUCCCUGGCUAUCUGUGUUCUGCCCCAAACAUCAGCACAGGGGCAUCUGGCAAGCCUCCUUCCAGAGAAAACACAGAGGUGAACGUUGCAGAAGGCAUUGAGAAAUCCUGCUCCCAGCAGGAAGAAAACAAAGCAAAUUUCAGAGCCAGCAAAAAUAGACUUCUUCUGAGUCAGGUGGCCUACUUCCUGAACUACCAGCUGAAGGCCUACAGAGAUCCAAAAGAUUACAAUGAAGAACAGAAAUGCAGAGACAGCAAAAAUAAACUUCUUAUGAGUCAAGUGGCCUACUACCUGGGCUGCCGGCUAAAGACAGAAGUCCCUGGCUAUCUGUGUUCUGCCCCAAACAUCAACACGGUGGCCUCAGGCAAGCCUCCUUCCGGAGAAAACACAGAGGUGAACGUUGCAGAAGGCAUUGAGAUAUCCUGCUCCCGGCAGGAAGAAAACAAACCGACUUCCAGAGCCAGCAAAAAUAGACUUCUUCUGAGUCAGGUGGCCUACUUCCUGAACUACCAGCUGAAGACCUACAGAGAUCGAAAAGAUCACGGUGAAGAACAGAGAGGCAGAGACAGCAAAAAUAAACCUCUUAUGAGUCAAGUGGCCUACUACCUGGGCUGCCGGCUGAAGACGGAAGUCCCUGGCUUUCUGUGUUCUUCCCGAAACAUCAGCAAGGUGACAUCUGGCAGGCCUUUUUCCAGAAGAAACAGUGAGUUUAACAUUCCAGAAGGCAUUGAGAAAUCCUGGUCCCAGCAGGAAGAUAACAAACCGAAUAUCGGAGGCAGCAAAAAUAGACUUCUUAUGAGUCAGGUGGACUACUCCCUGGACUAUCGGCUGAGGACAUGCAAAGAUCGACAAGAGCAUGAAAUACAGAAAUACAGAGAAAGCAAAAAUAAAGUUCUUAUGAGGCAAGCGGCCUACUACCUAUGCUGCCGGCUGAAGAUUGAAGAAGAUCGGAGACGUCACGGGGAGGAACAGAAAUACAGAGACAGCAAAAAUAAACUUCUUAUGAGUCAAGACUACCUGGGCUGCAGGCUGAAGACGGAAAAAAACGACAAAGACGAGGAUGAAGAUGUUCGUGUCAUGGAGGCUGAGAACAUCCAGGAAUCACGUGCCCCCAGGAAUCUGCAGGAGUCUGUGGAGGAGGAAGCCACCCAGGAGUCCUGGGAUGAAGAUGAUUCGACUCUCUCAAUUCCUCCUGGCACAUUUGCCUUCAAUGAGCUUUACAGGACCAACUUGCACUCAUUAGAGGAACAGCAGGUCAACUUGGCUCAUGACACAGACAAGAUUAAAAAGGACCAAGAAGAGGAAGAAGACCAAGGCCCACUGUGCCCCAGGCUCAGCAUGGAGCUGGUGGAAGCAGAAGAGCCUGAAGUCUUCUGGUACUCACUGGAUAUAUUGUAUUCAACAUAUACAGCUUAUCUUGAGUUUUAUUACACAUGCCAGGCUUACACAUAUGCCAUUUUUUUAUAUGCAGAAGAGCAUGUUCGCUUGACUUUGGACAUGGACAGUAGGUUUAUUACUAUGACGGUGAUAGGACUCCACCUGGUCUCCCGGAUAGGGGUCAUAUUCCCACACUAAGACAACGUGUAACAUGGGACUCUGCCAGUGCAGAGUAUGAACCACACCAUGUUCUUGCUGAAAACACUUAGCCCGAGUUUCAUAGCCUGAGGUAAUCUCCAGACGACUUCAGAAUGUAGAACAGUGAGCGGCACAGCUGACCUGUCUCCUUCAGACAGCCCAUGUCACCACAAAUCACACAACUGAAAGGAGAAGAGACGUUUUGGGUUGAAAAAGAGUAAAAAGAUAAUGUAGCUACAUUUCUUUAGUUCUUUUGAACCCAAAGUGUCUCCUCACCUUUUUGUUGUUGUCAUUGAUGGUGGGGACAUGGGCUUGUUUGUAGAGGACAGGUCAGCUGUCCGGCUCAAUGGUCUGUACCCUGAAGUUGUCUGAAAAUGUCCUCAUGCUUAAAUUCAGCCUAAGUGUUUUUCCGGGAACACUGCAGGGUCAGUGCUACCUCACCCAUCUGCAGGUAGAGAAGGUCCCGUGUGUCUGCCACCAUGAUCGUGAUACCAGGACUUUUCCACCAUUUGUCUAUCACCAUGAUCGUGAUGCCAGAUCUGUACCUUUCAGAGACACCUUAUUUAUAUGGAUAUAUAUAUUUAUUCAGAGACACCUUAUUUAUACGUAUAUAUAUAUUUCUUCAGAGACACCUUAUUUAUGUGGAUAUAUAUAUUUAUUCAGAGACACCUUAUUUAUACGGAUAUAUAUAUUUAGAGACACCUUAUUUAUACAGAUAUAUAUAUAUUUAUACGAAAGUAAUUGGAAAAAUGGUUUUUAAAAGUAUUAAUAUCCUGUAUUCAAAUGAUCAUCCCUCAACAUUUUAUUAUUCAUUAAUCAUCCCUGGCUGUGUCAAUUAUUGUAUUUACAUCUCUACACUGGAAAUUUUUCAUUAUUACUGUAUCUUUGCUUUUGCUGGUUUCUGUUGUUGAACCAAAAAAAUUCCCUGCCUGCAUUUCAAUUUUUGCCAAAGUUAAUUUUAAUCUGUAUAAUGAAAAUUUUUUUCUUUAAGAUAAGACUGUGAGCACAUAAGGCCACAGCAAAACAGAGCCUUUGUUUGCUAAUUUUUAAGCCUUUGUUAAUUUCUGGCUGACGAGAGAGGUAGUUUAUUUAAUUAGCUGGUAAUAUCUAUUUAAGUAAACAGCCAGAGAAAUGUCUAUCAGACUAAGGAUGUGCAAAGCCCAGACCAUUCUCUUUGAGUCUUUUAAACUAUUUCAGAAGAGAAGGGAAUAGGCAGAUUCCACAUAUGUGGACAGGAAGGAGAAUAUGCUAAAAGACACAAACAACUGUUGUCCAAAACAGAAUAGAAAAUCCAUUAAAAUGCAUAAGAUAUUUUCUCAUGAAAUGUCAUCUCUCUAAACUUAGCCAUUAUGUGAAAGUCAAUUCUUAAUAUGCCACACUGCAUUGAUUGUUGACGUUCAUAAGAAUUCAUUUCCAUGUUUGUUAUUUGAAAAAGCAAAAGGACUGUAAUCCUUUCUUUUCUUUGCCAUGAUCAUUUUAAGAUUGAGGAUUUUUUUCCAAAAUAAAAUUAAAGAUUUUAAAGAUUGAAAAUUGACAUUAAAAUUUAUCUUCUCAAAGCAA